CUACUCAUCAGUGUAGUCACAGUCAAGAUGCUGGAGUCAGUUGUAUAUCUUCAAGUGCCACAAAUACAAUAAUUACUACUACAACUACUACUGCAAGUGUAUCUAGCACUUACAAGUCCUCACCUAGUGCCAGCAUGACAUUAGUGACUACACCAAGUCCAUCUCCAACUUGUACUUCUGGUAGCAUUCGUCUUGUUGGUGGAUUUAAUGAUAAUGAAGGAAGAGUUGAAGUGUGUAUUAAUGGAGCAUGGGGUACUGUCUGUGAUGAUGACUGGGGAGCACCUGAUGCUGCAGUUGUAUGUAAUCAGUUAGGAAUAGAUGGAAUCUCUAUUGCUCGUACUAAUGCUUAUUUUGGUGCUGGUACUGGUCCUAUUAACAUGGACGAUGUUCAGUGUACUGGAAAUGAAGGAUUCCUUGUCAGCUGUACUUACUUAUCUACUCAUGACUGUGGCCAUUCUGAAGAUGCUGGUGUUACUUGUGGUGUACAGCCUGAAUGCAAUAACACUGACAUUCGUCUUGUUGGUGGAUCUAAUGAUAAUGAAGGAAGAGUUGAAGUGUGUAGUAAUGAAGUAUGGGGUACUGUUUGUGAUGAUGAAUGGAGUGUUUCUGAUGCUGCAGUUGUAUGUAGACAACUGGGUCUUGGAUCAAAUGGUAUUCCAUAUAGCAAUGCUUAUUAUGGCUCUGGCACUGGUCUUAUUGUAAUGAAUGAUGUACGCUGUGAUGGAACUGAGGAAGCACUUAUCAACUGUCAACAUACUUCUUAUCACAAUUGUGAUCAUACUGAAGAUGCUGGAGUUAGAUGCAUCAUAAACAGCACCUCUACAAGUAACUGUACUUAUGGUAGCAUUCGUCUUGUUGGUGGAUCUAAUGCUAAUGAAGGAAGAGUUGAAGUGUGUAUUAAUGGAGCAUGGGGUACUGUCUGUGAUGAUGACUGGGGAGCAUCUGAUGCUGCAGUUGUAUGUAAUCAGUUAGGAAUUGAUGGAACUUCUUUUGCUCGUACUAAUGCUUAUUUUGGUGCUGGUACUGGUCCUAUUAACAUGGACAAUGUUCAGUGUACUGGAAAUGAAGGAUUCCUUGUCAACUGUACUUACUCAUCUACUCAUGACUGUGGCCAUUCUGAAGAUGCUGGUGUUACUUGUGGCGCAACUCCGUGUAAUAAUUCAGACAUUCGUCUUGUUGGUGGAUCUAAUGAUAAUGAAGGAAGAGUUGAAGUGUGUAUUAAUGGAGCAUGGGGUACUGUCUGUGAUGAUGACUGGGACAAUGAUGAUGCUGCAGUUGUAUGUAGGCAACUGGGCCUUGGAACAAAUGGUGUUUCAAUUGGCAGAGCUUAUUAUGGUCAAGGUAAUGGUAGUAUACUAAUGGAUAAUGUAAACUGCACUGGAACUGAGAAAUCACUGUUUCAAUGUGCAUACACACAAAUUCAUGAUUGUAGUCAUCAUGAAGAUGCUGGAGUGAAGUGUGUGAUCUCAGGAAACAGCUCUAGCUCUAUCUCUGUGACUGUAAGUCAAACUUCAACCAUAUUAAAUACUGCUAGUCCAUCCUCCACUCCUAUACAAGGAAGUUGCUUGUCAUUGAAUCUACCAUACACUGGUUGCUGCAAUUUAAGUUAUAGUCCUGCAUGUAGCAGCAAUGGAUGCUAUUGUGAUGCAAUU